CCAGUGCUACAUCGAUCGGUCGAGUCAGCGCCACCGUUCGCUUUGUAUAAGCCAUUUGGUUAUUUGGACAUGUCCCGUUUUAAUACUGGGCUUCCUUCCUGUGAAUCACGGCCUCGUAGAGAUGGUCUGUAAACCACAUGGAGCCAGAAGCGCUCCGAACACGGACGUGUGAACUGCUGCUGCGCUCUUGACAUUUAAUUUUGUAACGUACCGGUGUUCGGAAUUUUUAAAACGUUGCCAAUGUAUUUUAAGUGUUAUUUAUAUUUCGCAUAAUGGAGUUCGCGUUGUUAUUUCUUGCAUUAGCGCUAUUUUGGAAACCUUCUUCGGGACUUCAUUGUUUCAAAUGCGCUCCCGAGGAGACCUACUCCGGUGAUCAACAGUGCAGCCAUUUUGACGGCAGCGACAAAUUCCUUGUACUAUGUGAACAUUCGACCAUGUGUUUCAAGAGAGAGACCACCUUAAGACUGGCUAAUGGUAUGAGUUCGAUGAGUGUGGAGAGGGGAUGCGCUUCUCAACGUUUGUCGGGGGACCAAGCAAGAAUAAAUGGUAGGUGGCAGUUAGUGGAUACAAUAUAUGAGGUAUACGAGGAGGCGUGCAAGGAAGCACCCACAGACUCCGACGGACCAACGCAAACCCUGCACUGUUUCUGCCGUGGUAAUCUAUGUAACGACUCCAGAUAUAAUAUAGCUAGUUAUACUUUAAUCGUUAUCGGCCUGUUCGUGUAUUAUCUUAGAUAGUAUAAGCAAUUUUCAAUCUUACUCUAAUUAUUACUUUUUUUAUAUGAUUCAAUAACGUUUAAAAUUAUUUAAUAAUUGUAAUUUUAUUGUAAGACACAUUUGGAAAAAUCCAGAUAAUUUUUUUUUUUUGUGUUAAACAUGUAUCAUUCCAAAGGAUUUUUUUUUAUUAAUGAUGUUUUAUCUUUAUAAAUAUAAGUACUAGUCGUAGAUUAAGUGAACUUUUUUUUGUGAUUUUAAAAUCACUGCUUACAUUUUAGUGUUAUUAAUUUAAUCGUAUUCUUUACAUAUAUUCUGCGACGGUCACUGCCAUAAGGCUUAAUACAACUAACAAUUUUAUAAGAAAAAAAUAUGUCCAUUAGACAAUAUUUCUAAUUGCGAAAAAGUAACGCUUGUACGUUUGAACGAAUGUAUAUUUGAUAGAUUUUCUUUGUUUGAAGUUCAAAUAUUUUAUAUUAAAUUAUAUUUGUGACAGAG